CACUCCCCGCGGGCCGCUCUCUUCGUCCACAUCAUUGUUGCAAGGAGUCUUCCAUUGAGUAGAAAGAGCCUACAAAAUGAGUGGUAUUGGCAAUCUAAAGGACAUCCUCGUCCGAUUCUACGAUGAAUACUCACAGACAACACCUCAGAGGCUAAAGAUCGUUGAUGCCUACCUUGGAUAUAUCAUGUUUACGGGAAUCAUCCAGUUCACCUAUUGUUGUCUUGUCGGAACUUUCCCAUUCAACUCGUUUCUUGCAGGAUUUAUUUCUUCUGUUGGCUCCUUCGUUCUUGCUGUAUGCCUCCGUGUCCAAAGCAACCCUGCCAACUACUCAGAAUUCAAGGGCAUCUCCCCAGAGCGAGCAUUUGGUGACUUCAUCUUUGCCAGCAUCAUUCUGCACCUGGUUGUCAUGAACUUUAUUGGUUAACAAAAGCAACAUGAUGUGGAGAGCAACAAGAAAUUAUUAAACACAUGUAUUAAUAUUCACAAAUGUUUCAUUUAAGUAAACAGGCGUUUUUACAUUUCA